AUGUUUUCGUGGAAUUUUGCGAAAUCGGCGGAGGCGGUACUGUCACAGUGGGCGGUGAAGAGGCUGUGCAAGUUUGUAUUGAAGAAGAAAUUGGGGCAGUUUAUAGCAGGAGAUAUUGAUCUUGACCAGCUCGAUGUUCAACUCAGUGAAGGCACUAUUCAUCUCAGUGAUCUUGCUCUCAAUGUUGAUUGUCUAAAUGAAAAGUUUGGGGCAGCGGCUUCACUGAUAAUAAAAGAAGGGUCAAUUGGUUCUUUGUUGGUUAAAAUGCCAUGGAAGGGUACAGGUUUUCAGGUUGAGGUGGAUGAGCUUGAGCUUGUACUUGCACCCUGUUUGAAGAAAAGUAAUUCACCAGCUGGAGACGAGACUUGUAAUUCUAGUCAAGAGAGUAGGCAUAAGCACAAGGAGGUGGGGAAGUUUGGGACUGAUUUGAUGGAAAAUGCUGAAAAAUCUAGUUCUGUUGAUGUUCAUGAAGGUGUAAAGACAAUUGCGAAGAUGGUGAAGUGGUUUUUGACGAGUUUCCAGGUAAAGGUUAAGAAGUUGAUUGUUGCAUAUGAGCCAUAUUUUGAGAAGGAUGAAAAGAAGGUGGGGUGUCAAGAAACUUUGGUCCUCAGAGUACCUGAAAUAGAAUGUGGGACCUGUGUUUCUCAGGGUGCUAACUUAAGUCCUGAUGAAAAAGUCGAGAACUUUCUAGGGAUAAGUCAGUUAAUGAAUUUUGUUAAGUUUCAAGGAGCAGUACUUGAACUUCUCCAAACGGAUGGGGUUGACAAUCAAAGUUGCAGUCCAUGCGUGUCAGGUUCAAGUUUUAGGGAGCAAUUUUCAGGGUGCUGCGGAUCAAAUCCUACAACUCCUGUUGCAAUAGGGAAAAACGGUGGAUUUUCAGGGAAUUUAAAGUUAAGUAUUCCUUGGAAGAAUGGUUCGUUGGACAUUCGCAAAUUAGAUGCAGAGGUUUGUGUUGAUCCUGUAGAAUUAAGACUUCAACCAAGCACAAUCAAGUGGUUCCUACUUUCAUGGGAAACUUAUAAGAAUAUUGAUAAAGACAGCAGGGGGGAUGCACAUUAUAAAUCAACAGAAUCCGUCUACUUCAAUUCUUCUUCUCAUUUCCAGGCGUCAUUAUCCAUUCCUGCUGUGGAAGCUAAUGAUAUCGUGAUCCCUGUUCGUGGUAGUUUUACAUCUGCCUUAUCUUCUUUUACUGGUAAAGAAUCAAUUAGUGAAGCAAUGCUACCUGGAUCGCAUCUUAUAUCUGAUUGGGUGCCAAGUUCUAUUGAAAAGGAGAAAGAUGAUAUCCAAGAAGAAGGAGAUCUUGGAGCAAGUGUGGACCAGUUUUUUGAAUGUUUAGAUGGAAUGAGAAGUUCACAAUCAGCUUUGGGGAGCAGUGGGAUGUGGAACUGGACAUGUUCUGUUUUCAGUGCAUUAACUGCAGCAUCCAGCAUUGCUUCUGGAUCUUUUCAUAUUCCUUCUGAAGACCAGCAUGUUCAAACCAACCUUAAAGCAACUUUGGCUGGAAUUUCUAUCUUGUUAUCCUCUCAGGACGAAGAUCGGGAAUAUCUUUAUGGUCAAAAGAGUGAUCAGAAUACUGCUGGUAUGGAGAUUCGCUGUUUGGGUGCAGAAUGCAAAGAUAUUUUUGUUGUUUUGAAGGUAUGUCCUCAAGAAAUGAGGUUUGAAGGAACAGUGAAGUGUAUUGAGGUUGCUGACUACUUGUACAAUAAAAAUGAUGCCAUGAAUCUUCACUUGGGGAAGUGUAUUAGUGAUAGCAGCAGUCGAACUUCUUUGAUUCAGAAUCUGCAAGCUGAAGUCCAAGGUGCUCUUCCUCCAUUUCCCCAUUCAGAUGAAUUAAGCACAUUGAUUGCAACAGGAGUUCCAUUUGGAAAUGAGACCAAAAUGAAACUGCUUGGUACCUCGGGUGUCACUCGGUGCCAAUUCACUGUAAAUUCUGAUUCAGAUGGAAGUUUUACAGGGGCAAAGUCAUUCUCUUUGCAACUGCCGCUGUUGAUAUUCUGGGUGAACUUUGGUUCAGUAAACAUGAUACUGAAUCUUUUGAAGGAUGCUGAAAAGUCUGUUGAAAUGAGUACCCAGAGGAAUGUAUUUCCAUCCGUUAAGAAGCACAAAUCAUCUCAUGGAAAUAUGAAAAAAGGUUCAAGUUAUGGGGUUUCAACGCUGGCUUCUGCAGAAAAUUUGCAAGGUAGUAUAUUAAUCCCUAAUGCAAGGGUAAUAAUAUGUUUCCCAUUUGUAAGUGGUGGAGAUAUAGGAGGCUAUUCUUCCUGGAAUCAAUUUAUUGCUGUUGAUAUUUCUUCGCCAUCGAUCUUGGAAAGCCCAACGUCGAAUUUCAGUUCACGGAAAAGGGAUACACUAAGGGCCACAUGUUCUUUGCAUUUGAAUGUUGGUAAUCUCAACGUUUACUUGGUCAAUCCAGCAUGUAAAAAUGAUGGAAUUAGCUCGUCUGCUUUGAUGCCAAGGCACAAAUAUUGUGCGCAGAAGAUUGUGUCUGUCAGUAAGAGUGCUGGUUGUCUAUGUACAAUUAGUAUGCUUUGUCAGGAAGAGGCUGUGACUGGUCCUUGGAUAGCUGAGAGAGCCAAGUCUCUGGCAACUUCAGAGGAAUCCAGGAGCAGAAUGGUGAAAGGCUAUGAAUUUGCUAGUGCAACUGCCGUGAAGGAUCUACAAGACGUAAAUUUUCAAACCAGAGAAGAGAUAAUUUUGAGCUCUGCAUUCCUCUUGCACUUUCAUCUGUUUCCUGUUACGGUUGAUCUUAGCAGUUCCCAGUAUAGUAAUGUGCAUUUCCUUCUAGAUCAGAUGAUUAAUGGAUUAUCGAGCAUGGCCUGUGAUGCAGUCAGUGUUAGGGAAUUAUCACCAGUCAGUCAAACAUCAAUUCUUGUGGAGUGUGAAUCAGUAGAUUUUUUAAUUAGACCAGAUAUAAAGGAUGGCAUAAAAAGUUCAUUGCAGAGUGAACUUCCUGGAUCAUGGCAUUGUUUAAAAUUGAAAAUUGAAAAAUUUGACUUGCUGUCUGUCUCAAAUAUUGGAGGUAUCAGGGGUGCUAAUUUCUUUUGGCUAGCCCAUGGAGAAGGUAAAUUGUGGGGUUCCAUCGCUGGAGUUCCAGAUCAAGAGUUUCUUCUGAUUUCUUGUAGCAACACCACUAGGAAACGUGGAGAUGGAGGAGGUUCCAAUGCGUUGUCUUCUAGGUUGGCUGGUUCUGAAAUUAUACAUAUAUGGGAUCCAAAGAGCUUACGUGAUUUUACAUCUGUUACUGUCAGAUGUGCCACAAUUAUUGCUGUUGGUGGUCGCUUGGACUGGCUGGAUGCAAUAUGCUCCUUCUUUGUGUUGCCCUCUCCUCAAGUUGAAAAGGCAGGCGAUGAAAAUUUGACCAAGGGGGAUUUGAAUGCCCCUUCUGAAACUUCUUUCAUUCUAAAGUUGGUUGAUGUUGGUAUAAGUUAUGAGCCCCACUUGAAGAAGCCAGUGGUUCGGGAUCUUUAUUCUGAGCCUGGUUCCUCAUAUUCCAAAGAAGAAACGGUUGAGCCACGUAUUGCUUGUCUAUUAGCUGCAUCUUCGUUUUCUGUUUCCAAUACGAAAACGGAAGAUUCUAUGGAUAGUGACUACAAAAUUAGAGUGCAAGAUGUGGGGCUGCUUCUUGGUGCAGCACCUGAGAAUCUUGGUGGCACUUACAGCGUGGAAUAUCUUCAUGAGAUGGGCUAUGUGAAAGUUGCUCGUGAGGCCCUGGUUGAAGCAAUUUUGAGAACUGACUGUAAGGAUGGCCUUCUCUGGGAGGUAGAAUGCACAAAAUCCCACAUUUAUGUGGAAACUUGCCAUGACACUACAGCUGGUCUGAUGCGAUUGGGUGCUCAAUUCCAACAGCUUUUUGCCCCUGACUUGGAGGAAUCAGUUGUGCACUUGCAGAAUAGGUGGAAUAGUGUUCGUCAGGUCCAAGAGAGAAACGAGUUCAAUGAUGAAGGUAGGAUUUCCAAUCAUGAUUGUGUCCCAUCAACUUCCCAAGUGCAUUCCCCUACUGCAGACAAGAAAAGUACACUUGGGGUUGGUUUAAUGGAUGAGAUAUGUGAAGAUGCAUUUCAUUUGCGUGGGAAUCAUGCAUGCCAGUUUGAUUCUAGUGGAUCAGAAAUUCGUGUUUCACUUGAUGAAAGUCUACUUGGAGAGGCUUGCAGCCUAAGUGUUGAAACUCCUGACUUUUUUCGAAUGAUCUCUCUUAUGAUGGAAGGUUAUUACCUGUCUGAUUUACGCCCUUUGUCAGAAUUAUCCAUAGGCAGGCAAUCACCGCCUGAGAAACUUAAAUGCAUAUCCCCGAAUUUUGGUGAUGCAGAUCAUGGAAGAGGAAAUGGUGGAUGGUAUGGGCAUACCCCUUUAAGCAUUGUUGAAGAUCACAUUUCUGGAGCAAGUGGUGAAGCUAGUGUCAAUCAGGUUUUGGAAGAUCAGCUUCCAAAUAUGUAUUCUAGAAGAUCUGAUGAUUUUGAGAAGGCCACAGGACGUGUACUUUUUAAGAACAUUAAUGUGAGCUGGAGAAUGUAUGCUGGUUCUGACUGGCAGGCAUAUAAAAAGAAUGGUGAUCCUUCUAGUCAUAUUUGUGGAAGGGAUACAACUAUUUGUCUAGAGCUUGCAUUGUCUGGAAUGAGAUUUCAAUACGAUAUCUUCCCAGUUGGUGGAAUAUGUGCAUCUAAGCUUUGUCUCUCAGUUCAAGAUUUUCAGCUUUCUGAUAACAGUAAAACUGCACCUUGGAAACUGAUGCUAGGAUAUUAUCAUUCAAAAGAUCAUCCUAGGGAAUCCACUUCAAAAGCAUUCAAGCUGGACUUGGAAGCUGUCAGACCCGAUCCUCUGAUCCCUCUUGAGGAAUAUCGGUUACGCAUCGCUUUCCUUCCGAUGCUAUUGCAUCUUCAUCAAAGCCAGCUCGAUUUUCUCAUUAGCUUUUUUAGGCCCAAAAGCUCUUCAGCAGGCCAGCCUUCAGAUCAAGAUCAAAACUCAGGUGGUGCAAAAACUUCUGCAACAAAUAGCAGUAAUCUUGCAGGGCAUACAAUUGCAAAUGAAGCAUUGCUUCCCUUUUUUCAGAAGUUCGACAUAUGGCCCAUUAUUCUUCGAGUUGACUACAGUCCCCAUCGUGUUGAUCUAGCAGCAUUGAGCAGUGGGAAGUACGUGGAACUUGUGAACCUUGUGCCCUGGAAGGGGGUUGAACUACACCUAAAACAUGUUCGAGCCUUUGGUGUCUAUGGCUGGGGCAGUGUAUGUGAAACAAUAAUAGGGGAGUGGUUGGUGGAGAUUUCUCAAAAUCAGAUGCAUAAAAUUUUGCGAGGCCUUCCUACCAUCCGGUCCUUGGUUGCUGUUGGUUCUGGUGCUGCAAAGCUUGUUUCCUUGCCAGUUGAGAGCUAUAGGAAGGAUCAUAAAAUAAUCAAGGGAAUGCAAAGAGGUACAGUUGCAUUUCUAAAAAGUAUAUCACUUGAAGCUGUUGGACUUGGGGUACAUUUGGCAGCUGGGCUUCAUGAUAUUUUGCUCCAAGCAGAAAAUAUUCUUACAAGUAUUCCUUCUCCUCCUGUGUCAUGGUCUGUACAAGGCAACGCUAAAGCAAACGUAAGAUGCAAUCAGCCAAAUUAUGCCCAGCAAGGAAUUCAACAUGCAUAUGAGAGUCUCAGUGAUGGCCUGGGAAAGUCUGCUUCUGCUUUAGUGCGGGCUCCAUUGAAAAAAUAUCAGCGUGGAGCCAGUGCAGGAUCUGCCCUGGCAACUGCUGUACGGGCUGUUCCUGCUGCUGCCAUAGCUCCUGUUUCUGCUUGUGCAGGUGCAGCCCAUUAUGCUCUUCUUGGUCUUAAAAAUAGCCUUGACCCUGAACACAAAAAAGAGUCCAUUGAGAAAUAUCUGGGUUCCACAAAGCCAAAUGAUUGGGAUUGA